UCCAACGAAACCCUGCCGAGUUGUUUUGUGUCUCGGUCGAGUUGACUCAUUACUCUGUUCUUAUGGACUCCAUGGAUCGCUCUCGAGCUUUCCUUCGGGAUGUUAAGCGCCUUGUUGUCAAGGUUGGGACGGCGGUGGUAACGCGAAGUGAUGGAAGAUUAGCCUUAGGCAGACUAGGAGCAUUGUGCGAGCAGAUCAAGGAAUUGAACUCACAAGAAUUUGAGGUUAUUUUGGUUUCAUCUGGUGCUGUUGGUAUUGGUCGUCAAAGGCUUCGAUAUAGGCAGCUUGUUAAUAGCAGUUUUGCUGACCUUCAAAAACCACAAGUUGAUCUUGAUGGUAAGGCGUGCGCAGCUGUUGGUCAAAACAGUCUUAUGGCUCUCUAUGACACAUUAUUUAGUCAGCUGGAUGUUACAUCUGCUCAGCUUCUGGUUACGGAUAAUGAUUUUAGGGAUAAAGGUUUUAGAAGUCAACUUAGUGAUACAGUGAAAUCAUUACUUUCUCUUAAGGUUAUUCCUAUCUUCAAUGAGAAUGAUGCAGUCAGCACCAGGAAAGCUCCGUAUGAGGAUUCUUCUGGUAUAUUCUGGGACAAUGACAGUUUGGCAGCACUUUUAGCUUUGGAGCUAAAAGCUGAUCUCCUUGUUUUGUUAAGCGAUGUAGACGGUCUAUAUAGUGGGCCUCCAAGUGACCCUCAGUCAAAGUUAAUCCACACAUAUGUUAAGGAACGCCAUCAAGGUGAAAUUACCUUUGGGGACAAGUCUAGAGUGGGAAGAGGUGGUAUGACUGCUAAAGUUAAAGCUGCUACUGGUGCUGCAUAUGCUGGCAUUCCUGUUAUUAUCACUAGCGGAUACGCUCCUGCAAAUAUCCUCAAGGUCCUCAAAGGUGAUCGCAUCGGUACCCUCUUCCAUCAAGAUGCUCAUUUGUGGGAGCCCCAAAAGGAUGUUGGUGCUCGUGAUAUGGCUGUUGCAGCAAGAGAAAGUUCAAGAAGGCUGCAGGCAAUCUCUUCUCAAGAGAGAAGAAAAAUUUUGCUGGAUAUAGCUGAUGCCCUUGAAGCCAAUGAAAAACUGAUCAGUGCUGAAAAUGAAGCUGAUGUUGCUGAAGCUCAACAGACUGGAUAUGAAAAAGCCCUAGUAUCACGACUGGCACUGAAACCUGGAAAGAUAUCCAGUCUUGCCAACUCCAUCCGUACACUUGCAAACAUGGAAGAUCCAAUUGGUCAUGUUUUGAAGAAGACUGAGGUUUCAGAUGGACUUUUUCUUGAAAAAACAUCGUCUCCGUUGGGUGUUCUAUUGAUUGUGUUUGAGUCUCGUCCAGAUGCUCUGGUACAGAUAGCAUCAUUAGCAAUUCGGAGCGGAAAUGGCCUUCUCUUAAAAGGGGGAAAGGAAGCAAGGCGAUCAAAUGCAAUAUUGCACAAGGUUAUCACGGAAGCCAUUCCAGAUAGUGUUGGCGGGACCAUAAUCGGACUUGUAACUUCAAGGGAGGAAAUACCCGAUCUACUAAAGUUGGAUGACGUUAUUGAUUUGGUGAUCCCAAGAGGUAGCAACAAACUGGUUUCUCAAAUUAAGAAUUCCACCAAAAUUCCUGUUCUUGGUCACGCUGAUGGAAUCUGCCAUGUUUAUGUUGACAAGUCUGCUGAUUUGGAAAUGGCAAAGAGAAUUGUACUGGAUGCAAAAAUAGAUUAUCCAGCAGCCUGUAAUGCAAUGGAAACACUUCUUGUUCACCAGGACUUGGUCCACACGGGUGGGCUGAAUGAGCUUGUUGUAAAUCUCCGCAUUGAAGGUGUUAUUUUGAAUGGUGGACCAAGGUCGAGCUCCCUGUUGAAUAUUCCUGAGGCAGGGACGUUUCAUCAUGAAUACAAUUCAUUGGCAUGUACUCUUGAAAUUGUGGACGAUGUCUUUGCUGCUAUUUAUCAUAUACAUCAACAUGGAAGUGGACACACUGAUUGUAUUGUUACGGAAGAUCAUGAAGUUGCUGAAGUUUUCUUACGUCAAGUUGACAGUGCUGCUGUCUUCCAUAACGCGAGCACAAGAUUUAGUGAUGGGGCUCGAUUUGGUCUAGGUGCUGAGGUUGGAAUUAGCACAAGUCGGAUCCAUGCCCGGGGUCCAGUAGGAGUUGAAGGACUGUUAACGACCAGAUGGAUUCUCAGGGGAAGUGGGCAAACCGUGGAUGGAGAUAAAGGGGUUGUUUACACCCACAGGGACGUGAAGAUUGAGUCUCAACUCGUGAAUUGAUUUCAGCCCAACAAUUUGCGCUGGCUAUUUAUGUAUAAAAAUAAGUGUUAGUAGCUUCUCUCUUCGAGUUUCAGUAGCUUCUCUCUUCGAUUUCAGCCCAACAAUUAUUAGAGUUCCAGAAGCGGCUAGUUUUUUUUCUAUAAUAUUGGCCAUUUCUGUUUAGUAGCUUAGGAGGACCCUUCUUCCAGGACUGGAAAUCCAGAGUUUAGUUGUAGCGUAUAGGUCUUAUAUGUUGAUGAAGUAAUGACCAUUUGAACAGAUCAGGUGCAUUACUCUCGGAAUUGUUUUGUUGUUUACUGUUUGACGAUUGAAGUGUUGACUUGCCAUCUGAAAAUAACAGAAACCACCAUGUAGGCUUGUCAGUGUUUAAGCAGCAGGAGCAGGAGCAGGGGAUUUGUAGUAUGAAAAAUGAUUGACUACUAUCGUUAUGGUCCUUAUACUAGUAUUGUUUUGUGUCA